UCCCUGUCGAUGUGGAUUCUCAGUGCAGUCAGUUUCCCCUCUGGCUGUCAGCUGCUUUGGAGAUUAGCUUCAUACUAAGGACUCUCUUGAAAGCACUAUGAAGCGACUUUCACUGGGGCCUCAGCCCCUUUGCUUGUCCCUCCACCUGAAGCUAACAUGUCACUGAAAAAUGAGCCACGAGUAAACACUGCUGCACUGCAGAAAAUUGCUGCUGACAUGAGUAAUUUGAUAGAAAAUCUGGACACAAGAGAGCUCCACUUUGAAGGACAGGAGGUGGAAUACGAUUUGUCUCCUGAUGAUCCAAAGACACAGGAAGAGUACAUCCCUUUCUCUGCUAUCUAUGAGACUCAAGGAUUUAAGGAGCCGAACAUACAGACCUAUCUCUCUGGCUGUCCAAUAAAAGCCCAAGUCCUGGAAGUGGAGCGCUUCACAUCUGCUACCAGUGUGGCAAGUAUCAAUCUUUAUACUAUUGAAUUAACACAUGGGGAAUUCAAGUGGCAAGUUAAGAGGAAAUAUAAGCACUUUCAAGAAUUUCACAGAGAACUGCUCAAGUACAAAGCCUUCAUCCGAAUCCCCCUUCCCAGCAAAAGACACACAUUCAGAAGACAAAAUGUCAAAAGGGAGGAACCUCGAGAGAUGCCCAGUUUUCCGAGCUCAUCUGAAAACAUGAAUAGAGAGCAGUUCUCUGGUAAGAGGAAACAGCUAGAAGAUUAUUUGACAAAGUUGCUAAAAAUGCCCAUGUAUAAAAAUUAUCAUGCAACAACAGAGUUUCUUGAUAUAAGCCAGCUAUCAUUCAUCCAUGAUCUGGGACCAAAGGGCAUAGAAGGUAUGAUAAUGAAAAGAUCUGGGGGACACCGGAUACCAGGCUUGAAUUGCUGUGGGCAUGGAAGAGCCUGCUACCGCUGGUCCAAAAGGUGGUUGAUAGUGAAGGAUUCCUUUUUACUCUACAUGAACCCAGACAGUGGUGCUAUUGCCUUUGUUCUGCUGGUGGAUAAAGGAUUCAGGAUUAAAGUGGGGAAGAAGGAGACAGAGACAAAAUAUGGACUCCGAAUUGAUAAUCUUUCAAGGACACUGAUUUUAAAAUGUAGCAGUUAUAGACAUGCUCGCUUGUGGGGAGGGGCAAUUGAAGAAUUCAUCCAGAAACAUGGCACCAACUUCCUCAAGGAUCAUCGAUUUGGGUCGUAUGCUGCUAUCCAAGAGAACACAUUAGCGAAAUGGUAUGUUAAUGCAAAAGGAUACUUUGAAGAUAUAGCAAAUGCAAUGGAAGAGGCAAGAGAAGAGAUUUUUAUCACGGAUUGGUGGUUGAGUCCAGAAAUCUUUCUGAAGCGCCCAGUUGUUGAGGGAAAUCGCUGGCGAUUGGACUGUAUUCUUAAACGAAAAGCACAACAGGGUGUGAGAAUCUUCGUAAUGCUCUACAAAGAGGUGGAACUUGCUCUUGGAAUCAACAGUGAAUACAGCAAAAGGACUUUGAUGCGUCUACACCCUAACAUAAAGGUGAUGAGACACCCAGAUCAUGUUUCGUCCACUGUCUAUCUCUGGGCUCACCAUGAGAAACUUGUUAUUAUCGACCAAUCAGUGGCUUUUGUUGGUGGAAUCGAUCUGGCCUAUGGAAGGUGGGAUGACAACGAGCACAGACUCACAGAUGUGGGUAGCGUGAAACGUGUCAAUGCCUCCAUGGGAUCCAACCAGUUACUCACAGUGGAAGCGGUAGAGUCUAUGGACUCUCUCAACCUCAAAGACAAAAACGAAUCCAGUAAGAGACCACCUGUGCUGAAGAGUGUUGAUAAUACGGAUUCAAAGCUGAAAGGAAUAGGAAAGCCCAGUAAAUUCUCGAAAUUCAGCCUCUACAAGCAGUUGCACAGACACCAGCUGAACCACGCCGACAGCCUCAGCAGCAUCGACAGCACCUCCAAUUAUUGUAAUCACUGUAGGAGUCAUCAGAAUUUAAUCCAUGGUUUCAAACCCCACUUGAAAUUCUUCCACUCUUCUAGCAACUCUGAGCAGAGGCUCACUAGAGCUCAUUUUGACACCAGCUCUAUUCGCAGCUUGCAGACUGGCGUGGGAGAGUUGCAUGGGGAAACCAGAUUCUGGCAUGGGAAGGACUACUGCAAUUUUGUCUUCAAGGACUGGGUUCAACUCGAUAAACCUUUUGCUGAUUUUAUUGACAGGCACUCCACCCCUCGGAUGCCCUGGCACGACAUUGCCUCUGUCGUGCACGGGAAGGCAGCUCGGGAUGUAGCUCGACACUUCAUCCAGCGUUGGAACUUCACAAAGAUUAUGAAAUCAAAGUAUCGAUCCCUUUCUUAUCCUUUUCUACUUCCAAAGUCUCAAACAACAGCCCAUGAAUUGAAAUACCAAGUGCCUGGGUCCGUCCAUGCUAAAGUACAGUUGCUCCGCUCUGCUGCUGAUUGGUCUGCUGGCAUAAAGUUUCAUGAAGAGUCCAUCCAUGCUGCAUAUGUGCAUGUGAUAGAGAAUAGCAAACACUACAUCUACAUAGAAAACCAGUUUUUCAUAAGCUGCGCAGAUGACAAAGUUGUGUUCAACAAGAUUGGUGAUGCCAUUGCCCAACGGAUACUGAAAGCUUACAGGGAAAACCAGAGAUACCGGGUAUAUGUUGUGAUACCACUCCUGCCAGGUUUUGAAGGAGACAUUUCAACUGGUGGAGGAAAUGCUCUACAGGCAAUAAUGCACUUCAACUACAGAACCAUGUGCAGAGGAGAAAAUUCUAUCCUUGGGCAGUUAAAAGCAGAACUUGGCAAUCAGUGGAUAAAUUAUAUAUCAUUCUGUGGUCUUAGAACACACUCUGAGCUUGAAGGAAACCUAGUCACUGAGCUUAUCUAUGUCCACAGCAAGUUGCUAAUUGCUGAUGACAACACAGUUAUUAUUGGUUCUGCCAACAUCAAUGAUCGAAGCAUGCUGGGAAAGCGUGACAGUGAAAUGGCCAUCAUUGUGCAGGACACAGAGACAGUCCCCUCGGUGAUGGAUGGAGAAGAGUACCAAGCAGGCCGCUUCGCUCAAGGUCUUCGGCUUCAGUGCUUCAGGGUUGUCCUUGGAUAUCUUUCUGACCCAAGUGAGGAUAUUCAGGAUCCAGUAAGCGAAAAAUUCUUUAAGGAAGUGUGGAUUUCCACAGCAGCUCGAAAUGCUACAAUUUAUGACAAGGUAUUCCGGUGUCUUCCUAAUGAUGAAGUACACAAUUUAAUUCAGCUGAGAGACUUUAUAAGCAAGCCCAUAUUAGCAAAGGAAGAUCCUGUGAGAGCUGAAGAGGAACUGAAAAAGAUUCGUGGGUUUUUGGUGCAAUUUCCCUUUUAUUUCUUGUCUGAAGAAAACCUACUCCCUUCUGUUGGAACCAAAGAAGCCAUCGUGCCUACUGAAGUUUGGACUUAAGAGUACAGCCCUUUGCAGGCCACGCCUACCAUCUUGGAGAGUUCACUGUGCAGUGACUUUCUGGAGACCUCAAGCCCAAGCCAGCUGGGUGCAUUCUUGCAACUGAACCGUUCACCCUUUGAACUGAUUAGGAAGGGCACAGGCUUGAUGAAGAAAAGACGCUUCUUAGCAGCAGAUCUUCAUCAUUCCUCCUUCCUAACCUUGUGAAGAUGGAAUUGCAUUCUCAUUU